GAGGAGCCCUUUUCUCAGAACGGUUCCUCUCGCCUAGCAGAGGCGGUUCUCACGGUUGGACCUUGAGAGCGGCACAGAGGUUUUUAUUUACGAGUUAGAAAUGGAGUCGUCAUAUCUUCAAAAGCACCUUGGAAUGUGUCUAACUCUAGGUCUUGCAGAAGUAGCAAGAGUUCGCCCAGCGGAUCCAAUAGAAUAUUUAGCAUUGUGGAUUUACAAGUAUAAGGAAAAUUUAACCAUGGAACAACUAAGGCAACAAGAAAUGGUGGACUUGGAGCAUGAAAGAGAAUUGGCUCGGAGGGAGCAGGAAAUUAUGGAGCGGCUCAAGGCAGAGGAGCUCUUGUUGCAGCAGCAACAACUGGCAUUACAAAUGGAGUUGGAAAUGCAAAAAAAAGAGAAAGAGAGACUAGAAGAACUUCAGAGAACUCAAGAACAAUUAGAGAAGGAGAUGAGAACGAGUGUGGAAAGUAUGCCGAAGAGUGAGGAUACUUUUUAUUCAGAGGAAGGAUUUCUAGACACAAGCAAAACACUUGCUGAAAUUAGUGAUAGAUAUGGAGCACCUAACUUGACCAGAGUAGAAGAACUUGAUGAAUCAAUGUUUUCUGAUGUCGCAUUAAACAUUGAUCAAGAUUUGCAGGAUCAAUAAAUCUAAGAACAAUAAAAAUUGUCUGCUUAUUUUAAGUUUCAAAUUAUGAGCUCUUGAUUUGUAAGAAUUUUUUUUUUUUUACCUCCAAUCUUGAACUGUACAUUUUUUUUCCCUCUAAGGACAACUUUAUAAAUGGGCUUCAAAGGAGUACCUUAAAAUAUUGUUUGGAUAUUCCAAUGCAUCUGGUUAUUUGUGUGAUUACUUUGGGAGAACAGGACGGAUGGAGUUUGCUGAAGCAAGCAAAAACAGGCAAAAAGAUGAGCUGUCUGCAGGAAAUGAAGGAGGAAGCCACUGAGGAGAGCUCAGCACAGUUCAGCAUGCCUUAGAUAUGGCUUUCUUCCUGGGAGGGGACUGCAGGGCUUUCUCCAGUUUGCUGGGAGCUGGAAAUUCUGAAUCCCCACUUCCAUGUUGUGACUGAUAUGGGGAAGGAACAUUCUCCACUAUCCUGCUGGGGAAUUUUCUCAAGCUUAGCUUGCUCAGCCCCCUCAAGUACAGGCAUAGGAACUUCUCCUUCUUCAUUUCUCUGCCCAGUGGGAUGUCCAGGAUCCUGCCUUCCUCUUUGGGGUUUAUGAAGUCCAGGGACCUUGUAUAGAAUGUCCGUAUGGAAAGAAUUGAGUGGGGUCCAGGCAAAGUCUUAGGGUGCUAAAAGGUAUCAUUUCUUCUGGACCCAUCAGUAGGCUCAG